CGGAGCUCCUUUUGUCCAUCUCCUCCAGAUUACAUGUCUAGAGUAGCAUUGAACAGGCUCAGUCAUUGCAUACGAUCAACCACAUACCGAGACGCAUACAUCCUUAGAAUCACCCGUCGAUCACUGUCUAUCACCAUGUCUGCUCAACAGGAAUUUCAUCAAGCGCCUCACAAGCUCCUCGUUAUCCCAGGACCUAUAGAAUUCUCUGAUCCUGUACUCGCUGCGAAUGCUACACCGGGAACAUCCCAUGUAUCACCUGCCUUCGCUCCGAUCUUUGGGGACUGCUUGAGAAUGUUGAAGCAGGUCUUGUACGCUGAGAAGGAGGGAAAUCAACCUUUUCUCAUCGCUGGAAGUGGAACCAUGGGAUGGGAUCAAGUCGCAGCGAAUUUGAUGGAGCAAGGUGACGAGGCGGUGGUCCUCAACACUGGAUACUUCGGAGCCGCAUUUGCUGAUUGUCUUGAGGCAUACGGUGCCAAAGUCACCAAAGUGACAGCAGAGGUCGGCGGAGUGCCAAGUGACGAGCAAAUCGUCAAGGCCUUAGAAUCCAAGCCAAAACUAUUGACUAUCACUCAUGUCGACACUUCCACUGGUGUUCUCUCUCCAGCUGCUCACAUUACCUCGCUUGUUCAGAAACACUCUCCUUCAACGUUGAUCGCUCUCGACGCAGUCUGCGCCGUCGCGUCUGAAGAGAUCAGGUUUGACGAUUGGGGUCUCGACGUCGUCAUCUCGGCCACUCAAAAAGGUCUCGGAGCGCCUCCAGGUCUCAGUGUAUUGAUGGCUUCCAAGCGUGCCAUGGAGACGUUCCAUAGCCGAAAGCAACCCGUCCUUGGAUACUAUCUCAACUGGAAGAACUGGAUCCCAAUCAUGCAAGGUUACGAGGCAGGCACCCCGAAAUACUUUGCGACGCCCCCCGUCCAACUCAUCUACGCCCUACACACCUCCCUUAAAUCCAUCACUUCAGGUCCUUCGUCUCUUGAAGAACGAUUCGAGCAGCACAAACAGGCUUCAGCAUAUGUCAAGGACUCACUGGCAAAACUUGGGUUCGGAUUCGUCCCGCUCGAUCGAAAGAUCGCCGCGAACGGGAUGACAGCAGUCAAAUAUCCUAAAGGGUUCGCAGCGGCGGACAUCUUGCCAAAGCUUGCCGAGAAAGAUAUCGUGGUGGCUGCUGGACUCCACAAGGCCAUCGCUUCUGAAUACUUCCGGAUCGGGCACAUGGGCAUCACCGUGACUGAUAAAGGUCGUGGAGAUCUCGACAAGAUCUUGAACGGAAUUCAAGAGGUGCUCAAAGAGAGUGGAAAAUCUGUCAGCUCGGCGUGAGUGUCGGCCCAGUCCAAAAUUAUAG